AUGAGCUCUCCGCCCCUCCUCCGCCCAGCUAUACUUGUCGUCUCCGACACCGCGGCGGCUGAUCCGUCAACCGACAAAUCCAUUCCCAUCCUCAAGGACGUAUUCUCACAAGACGGCAACGGAAAAUGGGACGAGCCACUCUUUGAGAUCGUCAAGGACGAUGUGCUGGAGAUUCAGCGGGUUGUCCGCGGGUGGACGGAUUCUGAGACUGAAACCACCAACGGCGGCGUGGUCAACUUGGUCGUGACGACGGGAGGGACAGGCUUCGCACGGCGAGACUUUACCCCUGAAGCUAUCGAGCCUCUGAUCCACCGUCACGCACCUGGUAUUGUUCAUGGCAUGCUCUCUGCUUCAUUCCAGAUUACGCCCUUCGCCAUGAUGUCGCGGCCUGUGGCUGGUGUGAGGAACAAAUCCAUCAUCAUCACCUUGCCCGGGUCGCCCAAGGGUGCCAAGGAGAACCUCCAAGCUGUAUUGAAGCUGUUACCACAUGCGUGCUCGCAAGCCGCGGGCCAGGACUCGAGGACAGCCCAUGUAGGAGGAGUCAAGAAACUGGAAAAGGAAGCUGGAGUUGGCCCAUCAACUUCCGGUGGUGCUACAGCCGGCGGACACGACCAUGAUCAUACCCACCAACACGAUCACCAUCAUAGCCACGACCACGAUCACAGCCAUGGCGGUGGCGGUGGCCAUGGUGGGCACAGAAUCCCCAAAGCGCACACCAGUCCCUCUGAGAGACCUCAACUACAAUCCAACGACCCUAGACUUGGUGCCACCGCACGGUACCGGUCAUCCCCCUACCCAAUGCUGAACGUUUCAGACGCCGUGUCGAUAAUCUGUGAAAACUCCCCGUCUCCCACAGUCGAACUGAGGGACGUCUCACCUGACCUGGUAGGCUACGUGGCCGCCGAAGACAUCAAGGCGGCAGAGGCUGUCCCUGCCUACCGCGCGAGUAUAGUGGAUGGAUACGCUGUCAUCGUCCCCGACAAGGCCGCCUCGCAAAGUAUCAAGGGCGUCUUCCCCGUCGCCUCCGUGUCGCACGCCCAAGCCUCGUCCUUACCACCGCCUCUCCAGAAAGGCCAGAUAGCGCGAAUCACCACCGGCGCACCGCUGCCAGAAAAUGCCAACGCGGUGGUCAUGGUGGAGGACACCGUCAUCGCCACCCUCACACCGGACGGGAAGGAAGAAGCCACUGUAGAAAUCCUCACGGACGAGCUCAUCCAAGGCGAAAACAUUCGCGAACCAGGAAGCGACAUCGAACUGGGCCAGGUGAUUGUGGCCAAGGGGACGCCGAUCAGCGUAUUGGGCGGCGAGAUUGGAGUGCUCGCGGCAGCCGGCAUCAGGCAAAUCCCCGUCUACCGCAAACCCCGGGUCGGGGUCAUGUCGACCGGCGAUGAAGUCAUGGACGUGACGUACCAAGGCGCCCUGAGCGGCGGCAUGAUCCGCGACUCGAACCGACCGUCCCUGCUGACGCUGCUGCGCGGGUGGCGGAUGUGCGAGGCGGUCGUGGACCUGGGCGUUGCGCGGGAUACGCCGCACCACGAACUCGAGCAGAAACUGCGCGACGCGUUCCGGCUGCACGAGCUCGACGUGGUCAUCACGACGGGCGGUGUGUCCAUGGGCGAACUGGACCUGCUGAAGCCGACCAUCGAGCGCGCCCUGGGCGGCCAAGUGCACUUUGGCCGCGUCAACAUGAAGCCCGGCAAACCCACCACGUUUGCCAGCGUGGCGAUCAAAGACGACGCCGGCCGGCGCGAUAGUAAGCGCCUCAUCUUCGGACUCCCGGGAAACCCGGCCAGCGCGCUCGUCACGGCCAACCUCUUCGUGCUGCCCUGCAUCCAGCGCAUGACGGGCCUGCCGGGCCAGGGCGCCCCGCGCGUCAAAGUGCGUGUCCAGGGCCGCGUGCGCUGCGACAAGACCCGCGUCGAGUACCACCGCGUGCUGGUCUCGGCGGAUCCCAACGACGGCGGCGGCCGCCUCAUCGCGCGCAGCACCGGCAUGCAGAGGAGUUCUCGCGUCGGCAGUCUCGCCAGCGCCAAUGGGCUGUUGGUCCUCCCGCAGAGAGAAGGCUAUAUCGAGGAUGGAGGCGAAUGUGACGCCCUCUUGAUCGGGAUGGUCCUUGGGUAUUGA